UCUCUUGCCCGUAGCACCUUUGAUCAUGGGGAGUGGAAAGCAUUUGCUGCUCAUUGCAGUGUUGCCACUCCUGGUAAGAUGUCAAAACCUAAAAGUUUUGAUGGUACCUGCAUUUAAAAUGGCCUUCACUGGGGAUACAGUUUACUUAAAAUGUAACCCAAGUGCAAGCUCAGUGACAUGGCACAAACCUAAUGGUGAGCCAAUCAUCGGAACAGACACUUUGAAAGUGGAAAUUAAAAACUCAAAUGACGGAGGCUCUUAUCAGUGCGAGACCAGUGGGACAAGGAGUGACCCUGUUUUAGUCAAUGUCACGGAAUCUGGUCUCAGCGCUUCACUCACCAUUGAGACAGGCUAUAAGAACAUGUGGAAGGGAGGUGCAGUUUUCCUGAAGCUUGAAAAUGAGGAUGGUCUGAAAGGGUGGAGGUGCUGGGUGUACAGGGGUGGAGAAAGGCCAAUAAUGGUUUCACUGAAAUUGAAGGGUGUCAGUAACAGUAUGGUGUUUCGAACUGCUGACCUCAAUGUCGAUGAGACUAUUUACUGGUGUACGGAUAAGAAUCGAACUCUCAGAAGUAACCAAGUAAUUCUCACCACCUCUGAUCCAUGGGAGCCUCCAAAACCAUCUGAGAAGGAAGGGAAGUUGGGAGAUGUUGUUGGUGGGGAUACUCUUGGUGUUGCUGGGGGUGUUGGUGGUGAUAGUGGUGGUAAUUUUACGAUGUAGGAGAAGAAGUGACGGAGGGCGGAUUUAUGAGGAUGUGGCGCUGAGAUCAAAAGAGCGAGGUGAUGACAAGUAUGAAACUCUGCAGGAGGCAUCUGGGAGGGAGCGAGAGUACGACACCCUUGCAGGAGCAUCAGGUGGAGAGCCGAAAGGUGGCAAAUAUGAACCACUGAAGAAAAUUAAAAGUCUCAUAGUUCUGUUGACUGUGACAUUGCAUGUAAAUUUCCAAAGACCCCACCAGGCCACUGGUUUCUGGUGAUGUCUGCUUGUUUGUGACAAACUCAAGAGAUUGAGUUGUGUUGUUGAGUUGUGUUGUUUUACAUGUCAGCUGGUGGAAAAAUAAAAGCGCUGCACAUUCUCUUAGGCCUGUUGGUCACUCUGCCCAGGAAUUCCUGUAUUUACUUUGGAAGUCCAGAAUCCUGCAGCUCAGUGUUGCUCACCAACUCAUAGAGUUGACUUGUACCAAACUGAUCCCAUUAUGGGGUAGAUUUAAUUUAAUUCACUCCAAAAUAAAAAAAUAAAAAAAUACAUAAAUAAAUAAAAUCCCCCUAAAUUGUAAGAUGUAAAUUGUAAAUGUAAAGCAAAAGCCUCGGGUUUAUUCUUCGGUUUGCACAUCUUUGCUAUUAUUCCAGGAAUUUCAAACAGAAGCCAGUAGUUUUCAUCUCUGCCAAAAGGGGACUUUACCUCAGAAUGACUCGCAUCAUCAGUCCAGUUAUGAUUAUUAAUCACAGAAUUUAGACCUGAAGGCUCUUGUUGAGACAUUAUAGCUUUCCUUGCUUUAUAACUUUAUCUGUGACUCGUAAUGAAAUGAAGAGCUUCUCUAUUGCAGUGCUCAAGUCACAGAUUUGAAAUCUUCAUUGACUUUUUAUUAAGCUGGUUUUGGUAUUUUGACUGUUUUUGCUUUUGCUUUUUACAGCUUGUGUCUUCACCUUUAUACUGCACUUUGUCACUAAUGGUACUAACUACUGGACAAAUACAGCAUCCUAUAUGUUUAGUUGUCUUCAAAGAGACACUUGGGUGCAUCUGCUGCAAAACAAACAAGGCAGCAACAAAAACAGGAGGAACUUUUUAAAAUUUGAUAUUUUCUACAAAGAAGAAUAAUGUGCCACUGUACCUUUCACAUGACAAAAAAAACUACAGUUUUCUGCUAAACCCACUUAUUUUUGUGCUGUGCUAUAAUUUAAACUACGUUUUAAGAAUUGUCUUAUCUAGGGAAGUGUGUUCAGUUACUUAUGUGAUUCUUCUGUGAACAAAAUCUGUAAAAAAACAAAAAAAAAAAACAACAACUGAAUUCUGUACAAACAAAAUAUAAAAUACGGA